AUAAUAAAAAUCUUACAUAGGAAACAUAUUGGCAUUUAUUGAUCUCUCAACUAAACACUUUUGUCCUCUAAUGUUCUGUAAGUUGUGAUAAAUAUCUCAAUACUCAUUUCUAAACACACAAAACCAUAAUGGCUAAUUGGCUAUGGAAGGUACUACUAACUUUAGUACUCUUUCUAUUUGGUUAUGUUCUAAGGAAGAAAACCAAAGGGAAGAAGAAGAAUCUUCCUCCCGGUCCAAAAGGGUAUCCCCUAUUUGGAAGCUUAAACCUAUUAGGCGAACACCCUCAUCGCGAUUUGCAAAAAUUGUCCCAAAAAUAUGGUCCAAUCAUGCAUAUUCAACUCGGUCUAAUUCCCACUAUUGUUGUGUCCUCUCCUAAGGCCGCCGAGCUAUUUCUCAAAACCCAUGAUCUUAUUUUUGCCACUAGGCCAUCUCAUGAGUCGGCCAAGCACAUCUCAUGGGAGCAAGAGAGCUUACUUUUUGCUCCUUAUGGCUCUUAUUGGCGCGACAUAAGAAAAAUGUGUACUCUCGAGCUACUAAGUAGUCUAAAAAUCAACUCUUUUAAAGACAUGAGAAGAGAAGAGCUUAGCCUUCUUAUUGAGUCCACAAAAAUUAAUGCCUCAAAUCGCGAGGCGAUUGAUUUGAGCGCCAAGAUAACAACAACCAACACGGACAUGAGUUGUCGGAUGGUGUUGGGGAAGAAGUACUCCGAUGAUGAAUUCAAUGAAAAGGGUUUCAAGGCGAUUAUCCAAGAGGGUAUGCACUUGAGUGCCAUUCCUAACAUGGGAGAUUACAUUCCUUUUCUUGCUCCAUUUGACUUACAAGGCUUGACAAAACGUAUGAAGGUUGUUAGGAAAGUGUUUGAUGAAUUCUUUGAUAAAAUCAUUGAUGAGCACAUUCAAGCCAAAGAUAAAGAUCAUGGUUAUGAAGCUAAGGAUUUUGUUGAUGUUAUGUUGAGAUUUAUGGAGUCAGAACAAUCUGAAUAUUGCAUUGAUCGAGAGAAUAUUAAAGCUAUAAUUUUGGACAUGCUUGUAGGUGCAAUGGAUACAUCUUCAACAGCCAUAGAAUGGGCAAUGUCUGAACUCAUCAAGAAUCCAACAACAAUGAAAAAACUCCAAGAAGAGCUCGAAACCACGGUGGGCAUGGAAAGAAUGGUGGAAGAAUCGGACUUAGAAAACUUACCCUACUUAGACAUGGUGAUAAAGGAAACAAUGAGGCUUCAUCCAGUAGCCCCAUUGUUAGCUCCCCAUGCAGCCAAUGAAGACUGCACGGUCAAUGGCUAUCACAUACCGCGAAACUCGCGUGUGAUGAUAAACAUUUGGACAAUUGGGAGAGAUCCCGAGUAUUGGGAUGAGCCAGAAAAGUUUUUCCCAGAAAGGUUUCUGGGAAGCAACAUAGAUUUAAAGGGUAGAGACUUUGAGCUCAUUCCAUUUGGAUCUGGAAGAAGAGGUUGUCCGGGAUUGCAACUCGGUUUGACUGUGGUUAGGCUUAUGUUGGCUCAACUUGUUCAUUGCUUUGAUUGGGAACUCCCUAGUGGCAUGUUGGCUUGUGAGCUAGAUAUGAGUGAAGAGUUUGGUUUAACUACUCCUAGGGCUAAACAUCUUAUGGCUAUUCCUACUAAUCGCCUUAAGAAGUAAAAAAAUAUCAACAUGUUAGCUUUUAUUUCUUAAGUAAACUCUUGGUGGUAUUAAAAAAUUUCUACUUUUUCACACAUAGACAAUUGAAGUUACUACUAAAAGAAAA